UGGUGGGAAGAAGGCUUUAGAUUGCCUGCCGCUGGCAUUCGUUCCCUGAUCCAGCAAAUCCGUACCUAUGUUGCUCGAGGACAUGGCGCGACGGACACGCCUUUCAUCAUUUUCGGUCAGUCUGGCCAGGCUACACUCGGUAUUUACAUUGGUCAGGGCCUUCUGAACCAGGGACUUGGCGAAUCCGCUCUACGCAUUCUGCAAGACAACCUCGACAGGCUCAAUGUCUUGACACCACAGCUCGCUAUGCAGCUCUGUGGGUCCGGCUAUGACAGCACCCAUGUGUUUGGCGUCGCUAUCAUGAGUAAUAGUACCUUUUCACCUAUUCAAGAUGCCAUCAAAGGCUGGGCCAAUGCCACUUGCCUUUCUUUCACCGAGUCGACCACCUUCCCUAGUGAGGCCAAAUUCUUGACCCCACUUCUUCGUGCCAACUCCACGCUCUUGCACGACAACACAACACAAACCAACUCCACACUACGUGCGAGAACGCUCCGACAUGGACUUCAGCAGCGCUCGCAGGCACUCCAACAACGAGCUACCUGCAGAACCGUGCAGGUGGAAGCAGGCAAUGGCUGCGCCGAGCUGGCAACGAAGGCGGACGGGUCCUGCUUCGAUUACUCGGUCAAGCCGGACGACAACUGUGCCAACCGUGCCGCCGAAUACGGCCUACAGGUGAUCGAUAUCGAGACAUUCAACAAGAACACCUGGGGCUGGAAUGGGUGCCAGUUGCUGUGGGUUGGAACGAGGAUGUGCUUGAGCUCAGGGACAGCCCCCUUCCUGGCCCCCGUCGCCAACGCUGUGUGUGGCCCUCAGAAGCCAGGUUCAACACGGCCGACAGAUGGCUCCAAUAUUGCCAAUAUGAACCCCUGUCCCUUGCGAUCGUGCUGCAAUAUCUGGGGUCAGUGCGGUGUGUCGAAAGACUUUUGCGUUGAUACGAGAGGCAACGGUGCUCCAGGGACAGCAGCUCCAGGUACCCAUAGCUGUAUUUCCAACUGCGGAAAUGCUAUCAUCCGAGGAACCGGAAAUGGUGCCAUCAAGCUUGCCUACUUUCAAGGCUACAUUCUGAGUCGCCCAGGUCUCUAUCAGGAUCCCUCCCAGAUCGACACGUCCAAAUACACACAUCUGCACUUCGCCUUCGGCACCUUGACCCCUGAUUACGAGGUUGAGGUUGGCGACACACUGGCUCAGUACCAGUUCCGCGAGUUCAAGCGCCUCCGCAAUGUCAAGAGGAUCCUGUCUUUUGGAGGUUGGGCUUUCUCCACUGACCCAGCGACAUAUCUGAUCUUCCGAAAUGGCGUCAAGCCCGAAAACCGUCGCCGUAUGGCAACAAACAUCGCAAAUUUCAUCAUCAAACAUGGUCUCGACGGCAUCGACAUUGACUGGGAGUAUCUAGGAGCCCCUGAUCUUCCAGAGUUUGAUCCCGGAAAGGCCGAAGACGGUCCCAACUACCUUGCCUUCCUGAUCAUACUCAAAACUUUGCUGCCGGGCCGGUCAACUGCCAUUGCAGCCCCUGAAUCCUACUGGUAUCUGAAACAGUUCCCCAUUCAGCAAAUAGGAACGGUGGUCGACUACAUUGUCUACAUGACGUACGAUCUACAUGGACAAUGGGAUGCCGGUUCGCGAUGGUCUCAAGAGGGAUGCCCAACGGGUAACUGUCUCCGUAGCCAAACAAACAUGACCGAGACAGCGCAGUCGCUGGCCAUGAUAACCAAGACCGGAGUUCCCGGGCACAAGAUACUCGUCGGCGUCACCAGUUAUGGCAGGUCUUUCCAGAUGGCCCAACCUGGCUGCUGGGGGCCCAGCUGCCAUUUCACUGGCGACCGUUUGACCUCGUUUGCAACCCCUGGAAGAUGUACCGACACCAGUGGAUACAUUGCAGAUGCCGAGAUCAACGAGAUUAUCAACGGAGGGGGCAACGGUAUCAGCGCAAGGGGCAGCCGCGUGGUCACGCGGUACAUCGACACAGCCAGCCAUAGCGACAUCUUGGUCUACGACAAUGACCAGUGGGUUUCUUACAUGUCCGAAGAGUCCAAGGAGAUUCGUGCGGCCGUUUAUGCGUCAUUGGGCAUGGGCGGCUUAAUUGACUGGGCCAGUGACAUGCAAGUCUUCAACGAUCCCCCGCCACCGAGCAAGAGCUGGAAUGAAGAGCCAGACAGCCACAUCGCCAAGAUCAAAGCUGGGGAAGACCCAAAGCUCAACAACACCGUGUCAACGCCUCCAGGAAGGUGGAAGACGUACAGCUGCACGCAUCAGGCCAUCACGGAUCUGUACACGGUUGGCUCUCCAUCAUACCGUUGGCACGCUCUAGACACGGAUACUGCAUGGAGGGAGGGCAUCAAGCUUUACAAAGAGACAUUCAGACCUCAGAGGAGGAAGCUGAUGGAGAGAUUGGAGCAGAUCUUCCGAUUGGGGUCCAGCCCCAAAUGCUACUCGUUUUUAUUGACGGGAGACAACUGCGACAACGCAAUUGAAUGCGAGAAGGGCUUGGAUGAAGAAAAGUCCGGACCGGCAGCGAAGCUAAUUUUUGACGCUCUUAUAUAUAUCCACCAGAUGCACCACGAAUACCACAACAGCCUCGUUGAUGCCGCCGCCUUUGUAACCCCCAAGCUCAACAGCAUGCACGACGAUUUUGCCUCCAUCCCGCCACCCAAGGACGAUGACAAGUGGGUUAAAAUCCUACUGGACCUCGUCGGCUUGGGGACCCUCACAGUGGCCGCACAGUUCUUCAACAACUUCCUGAGAACCCUUCCCUACUUCAUUCCACGCGAGAGCUCAUUGAACAACGCAAAGGAUUUUACUAUGGGCGUCAUUGGUACCACCACGUCGAUUGCCAAGGAGCUAUUGCCUCCAGCGAAAGGAACCGACUGGAAUCCCCAAGCCCAGAACAAGUUCUCGAGCUAUUUGGGCGAGGUUCUCAACGGCUGGUCCUAUGCUUCUGAAAAGUCACUGUUGCGUUUCUUUGACGUCCCAGAUGAUGCCGCACUUGAUCAGCUGUGGGAUAUGAUCAAGAAUGGACAACUGAGUGAAGGGAAAAUUGACGACAACGUGGUGCGACCGGACAAGCCGACGGCCAGCACAAUCCGAGACCAAAUUACCAAGACGAUUUUUGUGUUGGAUUACCUCUCGGAUGACACGAUGAAUAAGGCGGGUGUGUGUGUGAACGGCCGCAGAUACUACCUCGUGAUGCCUGACAAAGACAAAGCCCGCAUAUGCUCGGAAGGCGGAGAUUGCAACUGGGCCAAGUUCAUACUGCCGCCUGGAUUCGGCUCUAUCAGUGAAUAUGGUGGAGUGACCAAGGAAGAUUUGAUCUUUGGGUCUGUCAAUACGUGGGUUGCCAAUGGCCGCCAAAACGGCGAUCCUCUUGCGGGCAGUCCCAAUGUCUUCGACUCAAACGUCAAGAAGGACCUGUAUGAUCUCAACAUCAGGAUACCAGGAUUCAUAAAGCUCCCUGUUUGCUCUCCGGAGCGAGCGAGGCAGACUUGGGACAGCAGUGCACACGGUUCCACACCGAAUUGGCCCUGUGACGUUCCCCCGGGGCGUGGCUACUGUGGCAUGUCCACCUUUGAGGACCGAACCCACGGCGGCUCCCCCUUGAUCUCUGAUUGUCUCCAAAUCAUCCGCAACAUCGAAGGAGACGGCACUACCGAGUGGAGACACCAGGUGGCCGGCAAGCCGCACCGAGAGAUUCUCAGUUUUGGGUCUUGCCGGUUCGGAAUCGAGGCAACGCAUAUAGGAUUGAACGUCGAUUUCCGGGUGGGCGGGCAGGAUGUCAUCGACAUCAUCAACGAUUCGGUACAGAAGUUCGGCAAGAACGGGCGAGUGGCUGCCAGAGGCGAGAUGGAGUGCUCGGGUAGCAGCAAUGGCCAGGGUGUGUUGUGGGGUAUUUAUGGAGGUACUUAA